GUCUUUCAGGUGAUGCUUCUUGCGUGACGUAUAAUGGACUGGACGGGACGCUUCUUCAGGAACAACAAGGCGCCAACUCUUUCAACCACCUCGGUAGCCUGCUUGACAAUAAAACUAAAAUAUUGAUUCUUUGGACCAUGUUAUUGUACAUGAGCUAAUCUCAGAGUUUUAGACAAAUUUCGGUUGACGUAUCUACUGGUGAACUUUAACCUCAUGUGCUUGUUCAAUUUGCAAACUUGUUAAAGAUUGAUACUGAGGUUAGCACUAGGCUAGUCGCUAAUGCUAGCUAGCUAACGUCCCUGACCAUGAGCUCACUGAACUACUCCUCCCUUGCUAAUGAAGAGGAGGUCUGCUUUACGGAGAAAGAAUAUUUGAGAGUGAAAAAGGAGGAAGAGGAGGCUGUUAUUGUGAAAGAAGAGAACGAACGUUUUAGAGAGGAAGAGGAUGCUAUCUUAAUAAACGUGAAGGAGGAAGACGUUUUGAGAGUGAAAAAGGAGGAGACAGAAGUGCCGAUUGACACCAGAGAGAGACAUGACUAUGGUGGAUCCUCUGCGGAGCCUCAACAACAUCCUGAUGCUGAAGAGGCAGAGAAGAGUCUCUCCAGAUCAGAGCACCAGAUGGACAAUGCUAGCCCUUCCUCCCUCCCGGAGUCCAUGUGUCGUGCCUCUCCCGGUCGCACCCUACUGCUGGGUAUGAAGAGGUUGUCUGUGCUGCUGGUGGACUUCAGGAAAACAACGGGGCUGAGUGGAACUGUGAGAGGAGGAGAAGAGAUGAAAGGAUCAGAUUUGACACAUCAAAGAGAAAGACCAGACUCAGAGGAACCAGAGCCAGGGACGUCCAAACCAGCAAGAAGACACCAGUGUUCCCACUGUGGAAAGGGUUGUAACCACUUAAAUGAGCUUAAACGACGUGAGAGAAUACACACAGGGGAGAAGCCUUACCACUGCUCCCAGUGUGGAAAGGGUUUUAACGAUUUGGGAAAGCUGAAACGACACGGGAGAAUACACACAGGGGAUACGCCUUACCACUGCUCCCAGUGUGGAAGGCGUUUUAACGAUUUGGGGAAGCUGGAACGACAUGAGAGAAUACACAGAGGGGAGAAGCCUUACCACUGCUCCCAGUGUGGAAAGGGUUGUAACGAUUUGGGGAAGCUGAAACGACAUGAGAGAAUACACACAGGGGAGAAGCCUUACCAUUGCUCCCACUGUGGAAAGCGUUUUAACGAUAUGGGCAAGGUGAAACGACAUGAGAGAAUACACACAGGGGAGAAGCCUUACCAUUGCUCCCACUGUGGAAAGUGUUUCAACCAGUUAGGGACCCUGAAACAGCACAAGGUAAUACACACAGGGGAAAAUCGUUACCACUGCUCCCAGUGUGGAAAGGGUUUUAACGAUUUGGGGAAGCUGAAACGACAUGAGAGAAUACACACAGGGGAGAAGCCUUACCAUUGCUCGCAAUGUGAAAAGAUGUAUAGCGAGAAAGGACACCUGAAAGCCCAUGAGAAAAUUCACACAGGGGAGAAGCCUUACCAAUGCUCCCAGUGUGGAAAGUGUUUCACCUGGGCAGGGUAUCUGAAAAAACACGAAAGAAUACACACAGGGGAGAAGCCUUACCACUGCCUCCAGUGUGGCAAGUGUUUCAACGGGGAAGGGGAUCUGAAAAGACACGAAAGAAUACAUACAGGAGAGAAGCCUUACCACUGCUCCCGCUGUGUCAAGUGUUUUAACCAGUUAGGGGCCCUGAAACAGCACGAGAGAAUACACACAGGGGAGAAGCCUUACCACUGCUCCCAGUGUGGCAAGUGUUUCAACCAGUUAGGGACCCUGAAACAGCACAAGAUAAUACACACAGGGGAGAUGCAUUACCACUCCUCCCAGGAUGCAAAGCUUUUGCCCAUUUAGGAAGCCUGAAAUAACAUGAGACACAGAGGAGAAGGCUUACAGAAGGUUCGAUUUUGGGAAAACAUAUUACUCAUAACAAUCACUUCAACGUCAUUAGAGAAUCCACACAGGAGAGAGAAAUUACUUCUCUUAGCAUGUAUAUUGAUAUUUCACAUCUCAUUGACUCACAAUUCAUCAGAGAACAUACACAGUGCUCCCGUUGUCUUAUAUUGUUGCCUAUAAUGUGUUGACCUGUUUUUACCAGAUGAAAUUGCUUCUUCCAAUUAUUGAUAAACAUGUACCUGUUAAGAAACUGACUGUUAGAUAUGUUAAGGCUCCAUGGAUUGAUGAGGAAUUUAAAAACUGUAUGUUUGAAAGAGUUGGGGCAAAAGGAGUGGCUAAUAAGUAUGGCUGCACAUCUGGCUGGCUUACGUACUGCAAACUGAGAAAUUAUGUGACCAAACUCAAUCAAAAUAAUAAACUUAUUAAGAAGCCAAGAUCAAUGAUAUAAAGAAUGAUGGAAAAAAACAUAAUGAAAGAAAAGCAGUGCAAGUUUUGAAUUUUGUAAAGUUAGUGUGGGAGAGGUGGAACAAUUGUUAUCGAUCCAAUAAUGACAAACCUCCUGGCAUUGACAACUUAGAUGGAAAGCUACUGAGGACAGUAGCUGACUCUAUAGCCACUCCUAUCUGACAUAUUUUUAACAUGAGCCUAGAGGAAGGUCUUUGUUCUCAGGCCUGGAGGGAAGCCCAAUUAAUCCACUACCUAGUCAUGUAAGACUGGAACAUAGUAUCAACAGGAACUCUUAGUUCCCUUUAUCCAUCUGUUACCUAAAAUAUAGUUUCAACACACAGACAUCUGACUAUGUACAGUUGACCUUUUCAUGCACUUGCUAGGUGUCUACCACUGAUUCUUUAUCUCAAGCUAAAGCAAAACAUGAAUCAUUGUACUUUUGUCAUCACAGGUGUUCCUGUAAUGUACAGAUAUCAUCAAAGUUCUUCAAGUCAAAUUACACACAUCUCUGACACACACACUUAUCCCACCAGACAUGCCACCGGGGGUCUUUUCACAGUUCACAAGAUUCCAGAACAAAUUCAAGAAAGCGUACAGUAUUAUAUAGGGCCCUUAUUGCAUGGAACUUCCUUCCAUCUCAUAUUGCUCAAAUAAACAGCAAACCUGGUUUCAAAAAACAGAUAAAGCAACACCUCUCCCCUAUUUGACCCAGGUAGUUUGUGUGUAUGCAUUGAUAUGGAGGCUACGUGUGCCUUUUGCUAAAUGUAUGUAGUUCUGUCCUUGAUCUGUUCUUGUCUAUUGAUGUUAUGUGUCAUGUUUUGCUAGCAACAUUAACUAAUGUCUAUUGUUACUCUCAAUGACCUUCCUGGCCUUAUGAAAUCCUAGCUAAAUACAAUGUUCCCACCCGUUUUCAUGUCUUUGGUUAUGCAAACAUUUGUUUACUAGAUUCUAUUUCUCAUUAAGAAUAAUGUUAUUUUAAUUCUAUAUGUGUCAUGCCUGGCAUUGGUCAUGUGUUCUCUUAUGGGUGUCACGCCCUGACCGUAGAUUGCUUUGUAUGUUUCUAUUUUUUGUUUGGUCAGGGUGUGAUGUGGGUGGGCAUUCUAUGUUUGUAUGUCUAGGUUUUUUUAUUUCAAUGUGUUGGCCUGGUAUGGUUCUCAAUCAGGGACAGCUGUCUUUCGUUGUCUCUGAUUGUAGUGGCUUCCUAUCCUCUUUACCAUAGCCACUGCCCAAGCCUGAAGCGGGGUUGUUUGGUAAUUUGGUAAUUGGUAAUUUGGAAAGGCACACACCUGUCUUUAUAUGGUCCCACAGUUGACAGUGCAUGUCAGAGCAAAAACCUAGCCCUGAGGUUGAAGGAAUUGUCCAUAGAGCUCCGAGACAGGAUUGUGUUGAGGCACAGAUCUGGGGAAGGGUACCAAAACAUUUCUGCAGCAUUGAAGGCCCCUGUUUUAGCCCCCUGCAGUAAAAGGUUAUUCGUGGAGUAAAAUGAUCUGUUUAAGUCACUAGUAAAGGGCACAUCGUUCAAGAAUACAGUUAUCUUUUAUUUUGUGGUCUCUAUCCUCUCAAUCAUUUAUUCCUUCAUAAACAGAAAACAUAUGUACUUAAACACAACAUGUGUUCAAGGGCCCCUCUAGGUUCACGACCUCUUGACCAUUAUAUCUGGAUAGCUGACAACUAUUUUUUAAAGGUCAAAAGUGAUCUGUUUAGGUUAUCAGUAAAGGAAGCAUAGUUAAAGAGUACAAUGACCCGUUCAAAGACUGAGACAUCCCCCCCCUAGAACAAAUUUUUUUAAAUGAUCUGUUUAGGACGUUAGUAAAACAGAUGUUUUCAAAGACACCUGGGGGACCAGGUUGUUAAUUAUUUUGUGUCCAUAUAGUUCCCCUGUGUGCAAGGGCCCCCUAGAUUCACAACUUCUUAACCCUUAACAUUCGCAGCCAAGGGGAGAGAAAGAGAGAGAGAAAUUUAGUAGUCAUUUAAACAUACAUAUUACCAUUGUUAAAGUUUACUAUGUAAUAUUAAAUACAACAUUUAAUAAAAUAAUUAAAUUAUGUCA